UUAUUUCGUAUUUCAGGGGGGGGGAGAUUCGAGCGUCGGCCGUCGAGAGAGCCAGUAUAGUGUCAAAUUCGUGAUCGAACGAGUCGCCUCGUUCGGUGUUCGGUUGGCGCCAACGGUAAUCGCGACGAUAUGCCGUUGUCAUCUACCAUUAUCCGUGAGCGAACCUCUUCCGAUGGAGCCGAAAAGGAUGAAGACGAUGACGAUUAUUCGGCGUCGAUUAGUGCGAUUAUACAGAGAAGAAAUUCCAUCCGAAAGUCAAGAAGGAGAAAUCACGCGAGAGCUACCUCCGUCGUUGCGGAGGAUGAUGCAUAUAAUUUUGGAGUUUCUCCGAUAAUGAGACGAACGUCAUCCGUUUUCACAACCAGCUCCGGGGAAACAGCGAUAUCGAUGGAGGAGCAACGAGGGAGCAGAGGCGAGGAAGAGGACCAACAAUUUGGACAGCUACGGGAGAGCGGGGCGCAAGAGGAAAUCUUUGAAAAUUUGAAAUUGCACAAGGAGGUGAUAAGCUCGAUAAAACUGCAGCCGUGGAAAUUGGGGAGAAAAAUGAAACUGGUGCGGCGAGCGAAAAAUUACGUAACAAGGCACGAGGGCGUUUUGCAGGAGAGACUGGCUCAGAGCAAAAACACGAGGGAUGCCGUCGCGAGAUUGUCCAUCUUCAUUAAUAAAAAAUGGCAAUAUUUGAGACGGGAAUUGAUGAAUCUGGAAACGUGGAUGGUGCCUUGGGAGCUACGGAUCAAAGAAAUCGAGUCUCAUUUUGGCUCGGCGGUCGCUUCGUACUUUAUAUUUCUUCGUUGGCUGUUCUGGAUUAAUUUAGUCGUUUCCUUCGUACUCACCGCAUUCGUCGCAAUACCGGAAGUAUUGAUGGCCAAUCCAGAAGAAGCCGGAGAGAGAAAAUUUAUGCUACCCGAAGAAAAAGUAAAAUCGAAGCAUUUGCUUACGCUUUGGGAAUUCGAGGGAGUUGUCAAGUACUCACCGUUCUUCUAUGGAUGGUAUACCAAUCAGGUUUCCAAUAGAAGCGUAUACAAACUUCCGUUGGCUUAUUUUCUUGCUAAUUUGAUCGUCUACGCGUACAGCUUCGUCGCAAUUUUACGCAAAAUGGCGGAGAAUUCUCGAAUGAGCAAACUCUCGGAGAAGGAAGACGAAUGCGCGUUCUCUUGGAAGCUCUUUACCGGUUGGGAUUUUAUGAUCGGAAAUCCGGAAACUGCCCACAAUCGGAUCGCCGGUAUUGUCCUCGGCUUCAAAGAAUCUCUCCUCGAGGAGGCUGAGAAGGAAAAAAAGCUUGGCCAUUGGAAAAUAAUAGCGGCCCGAAUUAUUGUAAAUCUCUCGGUGAUAUCGCUCUUGGUCGCUUCGGCUUACGCGGUCGUUCAAGUAGUAGCGAGAAGCACCGAGUCCGAUGCGGAAAGCGGCGGUUGGUGGCGACAAAAUGAAAUAACAAUCGUCAUGUCCCUCAUAUCUUACAUAUUUCCCCUAUUCUUCGAGAUACUGGGUAUCUUUGAAAAUUACCAUCCUCGCAAACAAUUGCGAUUGCAAUUGGCCAGAAUUAUGCUUCUCAAUCUUCUCAAUCUUUACUCGUUGAUUUUUGCACUCUUCGAUAAAAUAAGCAGUAUGGACGUCGAGUUAAAGUCUUUGAAGCCAACGAUCGAGAGUAGUAGUACGCGGUCGUUCCCGUCCCCACCGCCGCCAGACUCAAAUUUCAUCAAGACAAAGUGUGAAAAAGUUGGUGUACCUUGCCAAGAAUCAAUUUAUCGUUAUUACGGAGCUUUGGCUUCGAUGAGUCUCCUCUUUAUGUCAAAUGUGUCGUCCUUGAACGAGACAACCUCGAGUCUCCGAUAUUACGAUUCAUCGGGAAUCAAUAACGAUAACGAGACUUUGGCGAGGGAAAUAGCAUCGAAAUCAAGUAUUUAUUCCGCCGACGAAUCAGCUGCUAUUCCGGGGACUCCGAGUAUGAAAGUAACUUCGGACGAAUUGCCCCCCUCCCCCCCGUUGUUGAACUUUCAGUCGUCAUGGUCUCUCGAUGAAAAUUAUCUCGGAUCCGUCGAAGAAAAAAAUAAAAAUAUGAAUUACGUUGACUACGAUUCGCUCAAUUAUCCAGACUCGUCGGAAUAUGACGCAACGAGUUUCACAGAUGUUUUCAAUGAAACGUCCGGCAGAAUCGAGACUACGAUAGCAACGACGGUGAGUGACUCGAGUACCGGCCAGGCUCUUCCUAACGACGCGAUAUCCCAAACCCACACCGAAAUUAUCAGGUGUUACGAGAUAAUCUGUAACGGUUGCGAUUCGGCAUCAUCGCAGACACAGAGGAACAACAAAUACGAGGAAAAAUAUCAAGGGACGGGGGGGGCAGCAAGUUUGCCUCCGUUGAAGCUUUUGGACAUGAAAACUCGAAAAAAAUUACGACGACUCUGUUGGGAGACGAUGUUUGGCCAGGAGUUGGCCAAGCUCACCGUCAUGGAUCUGGUACUGACGAUCAUCGCGACGCUGGGAGUUGACUUUCUUCGGGCUCUUUUUAUACGUUUUAUGAAUUCGUGGUGGUGUUGGGACUUGGAGAAACAGUUUCCCCAAUACGGGGAUUUCAAGAUUGCCGAGAAUAUAUUACAUCUCGUCAAUAAUCAGGGAUUAGUUUGGAUGGGAAUGUUUUUCAGUCCUGGUUUGACCGUAUUGAAUCUGGCUAAAUUGGGAAUUCUCAUGUAUCUCAGAUCUUGGGCUGUUUUGACGUGUAACGUGCCGCACGAAGUUGUCUUUCGAGCUUCGAGGUCCAACAACUUCUAUCUCGCUCUCUUACUCACCAUGCUGUUUCUUUGCGUUUUACCUGUCGGUUACGCAAUCGUAUGGGUCGAACCUUCGUGGCACUGCGGACCGUUUUCCGGCUAUCCGAGAAUUUACCACUUGGCUACGGAAAGUCUGAGAAACGCUCUGCCCGGAGAAACUCUCCACAAGUGCUUGGAUUACAUCGCGUCGCCUGGCAUUGUAAUUCCGCUUAUCGUUCUUAUGGCCCUCAUUAUUUACUACAUGCUCUCUCUCGCCAGCUCUUUGAGGGAAGCCAACGACGAUUUAAAGAUUCAGUUGCGCCAGGAAAGAACGGAGGAGCGACGUAAAAUGUUCAGAAUCGCCGAAAAAAGAGGACAACUUCGGGAGGCGCCAUUCGCGAAAUGGAAAAAAAUUCUCCCGGUAUUGGCGUCCCAUGAGAAAUCAAGCGAAACACCGGUUUCAAAAGCUAUAAGCAGUUUUUUCGAUUUAAAAAAUCGUCGAGAGGCGAGAAUUCGAUCGAUUAAUUCGGAGGUCGACGAGGCAACGGACGAUGAGCAACAUUUUUCGCUUCCUCACGAUCCUGGGGCUUAUUCGCGCGAAAGAGCCAACUCUGACAUGCCCGGGAAAAAACACGCUUGUUUCAACGACGACGAUCGAGGGACCAUUCCGAAAAUUCGUGUAGACACCACAGGAGCCCCGAAUCAAUCUAAUCGACAGCGGAGUCUCGAAGAAACAACCUUCAGAUCAGACACGACGACUUGAUUGCGAGAAAAAAAUGUUUUCUUUCACCU